AUGGAGAAGCAAGAUUACGAAGAUGACCUGCGUCCCUUGGCCGAUUUGACCAGCGCUGCACGCGAACGGCUAAAUUAUCUGGACGGGCAAGGGUCAAGAAGAUUAUCACGACACUCUGUUCUCGAAAGAGCACUAUACUAUGGGCGGCCGGAUCAUGAGCCGGUUAUAUCAUCUCCUUUGAGGCAACCGAGCUGGGAUCAAGAAACCGUACCAACACCGUCAGACUCGCCAGCCCUAUCGACAAGCUAUGACGACCGACCGCUUCUCGACCGAGGCUUUGAUGACGAACCUUUGGUACUGCAUCCUCCUGGUUUGGAGAGAGUAUCGCCUGAGAUAUGGGCGAGUUGGUAUGUCCACGGAAGAGAUGAGUCAACGUCGAUGGCAAGCGUGCCAGAGAGGUCACGAUCGCCAUUACAGAUGCUUUCCGAGACGUCAGAGCCAGAUUUCACGAAUACUUCAUUUCCUUUCUUUUCACCACAGGAGCCGAUCGGUUCGCACGCACGAAGUGCCAGCAUUGCAACAUCUGGGCUAGACUUGCCGCCUUUGAAUGUCACGACGGAUUUGCCACGGCCUAUUUCACCAUCGCCUAUUACGUUUGAUCUCUCCAGUUCGUGGAGGGCUGAUUCGCCAGUAUCAUAUGAACGAGAUCGAUCCCCAGCCUAUAAUAUACAACGGCCUGGAUCACCUGCACCGGGGAGCGGUUCAGAGGAUUUCUCGUGGAUGCUGAAAUACUUGCCGCCGGAUUCCAGCACUGGAGGUGGCUCUUAA